AUGUACUUGAAUAACAACAAGGUGAUGACAAGGAGAAGGGCUCUGGACCACAUCAACCAGAUGAGCUUUAAACCCCAUGUGGGAAUGCGUGUGGACUCCCGUAAAAUUGCUGUUCUCAUCACCGACGGGGAGUCUCAGGAUGACGUAAACCUCCCCUCACAGAACCUGAAAGACAGGGGCAUUGAGAUCUACACUAUCGGUGUGAAAAAUGCUGACAUGACACAGCUGCAGUCCAUUGCCUCUGACCCCAAAGAAUCUCACAUGUACUAUAUUGAGCAAUUCCUUUCUUUCUUGGACAUCGCCAAAAACCUCAACAUCAACCUCUGUAACAGCGCUAAAAGCUUAGACUCUGUCAGGCUGGUGAAUGGAACCAGUCUGUGUUCAGGCAGACUGGAGGUGAAGUCUAACCAGUGGUGGUCCUCAGUGUGUGAAGCUGACUUUGACCAGCAGGAUGCAGAGGUGGUCUGUAGGGAGCUUGGCUGUGGGGCUCCUUCAGUCCUCCAGGGGGCGCUCUAUGGAGAAGUGGAGGCUCCAAUGUGGACCAAAGAGUUCCAGUGUGGAGGCAAUGAGUCUGCUCUCCUGGACUGUAGCAGCUCAGACUCAGCUAGAACCACCUGCUCACCUGGGAAAGCUGUUGGACUCACCUGCUCAGAGCCUGUCAGAUUGGUGGGAGGAGCCAGUCGCUGUGCAGGUACACUGCAGGUGAACCGAGGAGAGUGGAGACCAGUGGAUGACGAUGGCUGGACCCUGAAGGAAGCAGCUGUAGCCUGUAGAGAGCUGGACUGUGGCUCUGCUGUUUCAACAAGGAGAAGAAUGGAGUCCUCAUACAGCUCUGUAUGGAAGAUCAACACUGACUGUGUUCAUUCUGGAUUUACCCUGAGGGAUUGUUCAUCAUCAGCUUCCCCUUCCGCCAUCCUGGAAAUCACCUGUUCAGAUCCAACAGGUCCUAUCAUCAGACUGGUCGUCCUGCCACUGAGUCUGCUGUUGGUGAUCGCUGUCAUCUAUUUCAUCCUUAAGGCCACCAGGGGGCAGAAGCCAGUUCCACAGGAGACCAUAGAGCUGGAUUGUUAUAACCUGGGUGUUUCCAGAGCUGAAGGAGGGCCAGCUGAAGAGGAAGGAGUCCAGGCAGCAGAGUAGAGUAGCAGAUUUCUCAGCUGACACACAACUGUCCAUCAGUUCAGUCAAGGAUCUGACAUUUUCAUAGACAUUUGCUUUAGAGUAUCACUGGAAUCCCUGCAGGAAAACUACUGAGGGAGAAAAUCAUCU